GGCCGCAGCAUCUUAACCGGAACUGUUUUUCAGAGGAUAGAAGCCUUGUGUAAAGAUUCUCUUCACUGCCUUUACCUCUUCUAGGUGUUUAAAGGAUGUCUCGUGCACGCCAGCCUCCCUUGGUGACUGGCAUCUCACCCAACGAGGGCGCGCCGUGGACCAAAGUCACUAUUCGUGGAGAGAACCUGGGCACUGGACCCAAUGAUCUCAUAGGUCUGUCUAUCUGUGGUCAUAACUGUUUGCUGACAGCAGAAUGGAUGUCUGCUAGUAAGAUAGUGUGUCGAGUGGGUCCUGCUAAAGAUGACAAGGGCGAGAUCAUUGUCACCACCAGGAGCGGAGGCCAAGGGACAUCCACGGUCUCCUUCAAACUGCUCAAACCCGAGAGGAUCGGCAUUCUGGAUCAAUCUGCGGUCUGGCUUGAUGAGUUGAAUUACUAUGACAUGAGGACCGAUCGCAACAAAGGAAUCUCUCCUCUCUCGUUGAGGCCGGCCAACCCUUUGGGCAUCGAAAUAGACAAAGGGAAGGUUCCUCUGAAGGAUCUGGAGAACAUGUUCCCUAGUAUGAGUGGAGACUUCACUAGUGAGAAUUUCUCUGCCACCUGGUAUCUCAUCGAGAACCAUUCUUCAACCAGCUUUGAGCAACUGCGUGCGGCUGUGGGAAAUCUUAAGAAACAGGCCAGUAAGAAGAAUGAGGGCAGUCUAGCCUACGUGAAAGGAGGUCUCAGCACUUUCUUUGAGGCUCAGGAUGCUCUUGCAGCUAUCCAUCAGAAGCUUGAAUCGGACGGCACUGAGAAGGUGGAAGGCUCUAUGACCCAGAGACUAGAGAACGUCCUAAACAGAGCAAGUGAAACUGCUGACACCCUGUUUCAAGAAGUGUUGGGCAGAAAGGACAAGGCCGACUCCACACGCAAUGCUCUCAAUGUCCUCCAGAGAUUCAAAUUUCUGUUUAACCUGCCACUCAACAUUGAGCGCAACAUCCAGAAGGGUGAUUACGACAUUGUUAUAAAUGAUUAUGAGAAAGCCAAAUCUCUGUUUGGGAACACAGAGGUCCCUGUCUUUAAGAAAGUGUAUUCGGAGGUGGAGACGCGGAUAGAAGCCCUGAGGAAACUGCUUUUGGAUAAACUUCUGGAGACGCCAUCCACUCUACAUGAUCAGAAACGCUAUAUCAGAUACCUGUCGGAUCUACAUGCUCCAGGUGACCCAGCAUGGCAAUGUAUAGUCGCUCAACACAAGUGGAUUCUGCAGCUGAUGCAAAACUGUAAAGAAGAUUUGAUCAAAGAGCAGAAAGUGGGUGGUGUGGAUUUAGAGCUGGAUCGCUCCUCAGCUCUGAACAGGAUCAGCCUCUCAGCUCCAGUGAAGAGAGGAGGCAGCUUCCAGACACCUAAAGAUGACUCGUGGCACUAUAAGAGCCCUCAGCAGGUGAGGUUUGUGGAGAAGCUCUCAGACGUGGUCAUCAGCCAGCUGCCCAACUUCUGGAAACUGUGGAUCUCUUACGUCAACGGCAGCCUGUUCAGUGAGACGGGAGAGAAGUCUGGUCAGGUGGAGAAGUUAAAGAAGAACGCCCGGCAAAGACAGAAUGACUUUAAGGGCAUGAUUGAGGAGGUGACCCGUCGUUUGGUGCAGUUGGUUCGAGGGGCUCUGUUACCCUCCUCACUUACUGAGCAGCAGCUGAGGCAGUAUGGAGGCUGGAACACCAAAACCCCUCUCCGUGGAGCCUGGCUCACUCAGGUCAUCCACACCGUCAGGUUAAGUCAUGAAGCUCUGUCAGCUUUAGAGAUUCCUAAUGACUUGCUGCAGGUGAUUCAGGAUUUACUUCAGGACCUGCGUGUGCACUGCCUGCUGACCACACUACAGCACACUGAAGAGGACGUUAAGAGACUUGCAGAAAAAGAAGACUGGGUUGUGGACAAUGAAGGAAUCACGUCACUGCCGGCCCAGUUUGAGCAGUGUAUGGUUCAGAUGCUGCAGUCUCUGAAGGAGCCCAUGGAAUGUAAACCUGGAGAGAUCAAUAUCUUUAAUCUGGAUGUGGUUCAAGACAAAGCUUGUGAGCAGUGUGUUUCUAUCAUGAAGGUCUUUAUUAAGUGCCUUGAGCAUCUCAGCACCAAGACUGAUGGAGAAAUUGGCACCUCUCAUUUGUCUGUGGACUUGGCGUCGCCUGAUCUUUUUGGAGGCAUCCAAAAAGACUUCGGUUCAAAACCAGAGCAACGUCUCAUCAUCCUCAGUAACUGUCAGUAUCUGGAGAGACACACAUUUCUCAAUCUGGCUGAGCACCUGGAGAAGAACGGCUUUACCACUGCAGAGAAGAUCAUCAGGGUCAGCAUAGAGGCGUUAAGACAGCUGGAUGAAUAUCUGUUUGAGACGUACAUCGAUAAAAAAUCUGAUCCUAUCGUCGGCUCUCUGGAGCCUGGCAUCUAUGCCGGAUACUUUGACUGGAAAGACUGCCUGCCACCUACAGGUGUGAGGAGUUAUUUGAAGGAGGCUUUGGUCAGCAUCAUCUCUGUUCAUGCUGAGGUUUUCACAGUUUCCAAGGAGCUGGUUUCUCGUGUUUUAUCAAAGAUCAUUGAGGCUGUAGCUGAAGAAAUGAGCCGUCUGAUGCAGUGUGUGUCCUCCUUUAGUAAAAACGGUGCACUGCAGGCACGUCUGGAAAUCUGUGCACUGCGAGACGCCAUAGAGCUGUACCUCACAUCAGAGAGUCUCACUAGUUUUAAGCAGGCAUUGGAAGCUCUACCACAGCUACAGAGUGGAGCUGACAAGAAACUCUUGGAGGAGCUACUGAAUAAGUUUAAGAGUAGUAUGAAGCUACAGCUUAAUUGCUUCAAGCCUGCCUCUUUUCAGCCUGUGAAGCGAUAAGCCUUCACAAAUCCCCAACAUUUCAACAGCGCCUCUGAGUUGUAACACUAAGACACCAUUUCAGUUUUAAAAACCAUUCAGAACCAUUAAAAGUCAAUUUAGUGCCACUAAUAUACCCUUUUCUACUUGCUGAAUUACACUUGUUUUCUUGUGAGCAUGUAGUGAGUGGCCUGUUGAUAAUUAACAGGCUCAUUAAUCUGAAAAGUUGCACUGCCUCUUUGUCCAGAUGCACAUUAAAAGCCUAAAUAAAAUUGUGCUCUUGCGCAGUGGGUUUUCUGCAAAUGUUAAUAUGCAAGACAGUUGCUAGAGUAAUUGCAAGAUAUAUGUUUUUGUGUGUGUGAGAGUGAGUUUUCCUCUUAGUUAGUAGAGGAAACUGUUGAGUUCUGAAAUGACUCUUUUUAUCAAGAGAGUCGUUUUGUGUUGAAGUCUAUUAUGACCACACGUCAGCGAUUCAUGCACACACCCUGUCUAGUGUCAGACGGAAAGAUGCACACCCUGCCCCUCCUCGGCAAUAUGGGGGUAAUUUUACCUGUCCCAGGAGGAAGUGUUCAGUAUUGGAAGGUGUCCUUUACUGUAAACUGCUAUUAAAUGCUGUGUAACCCAGCAUUGGCAUGUGGUUUAGGAGUUUAAGAUAUAACUGACUAGAAAACAAGAUGAGUUGAAAGUUCUCGCAGGCUGCCAACAUGCCAUCAGAAACUCUCCACAAUGAUCUGAAUAUUUGUUUCUACUUUUGUCUCAUCAUAACUCAUUCCGUUAUUUUCCCAACACUCAGUGUUGUUUGUUGAUAUCUAUUCUUCUAAAUUUAGAACGCUUGACACCCACUCAUUUAAGGGAAGCAAUUUGACAGAACAGCAUCAAAGCCUCGUGCGGCACCAGGUGAAAGAGUGGGUGUAUUGAUCUCAGGCUGUACAGCUUAAGGGAAGUUUGUAAUGAUUGCACCUUUCCGCUCUGUAGGCAGAGGAAAAUGAUCCAAAACAUGUUUAUGUGCUAAUGUAGAGCCGUGAGUCCAUAAACAGUGGAAAACUCGAAGAAGUUUUGUUUAUGUAAAACAUCUCGAAAGUUUCUCAGGAUGUCCCAUGCAUCCCAAAGCUAACAAUCCCAUACUAUAGCAUAGUUUCAAGACCUUUUGACCUAAUUAGUUACUUUUCAAAGAAAAUAGGCCGAUCAGAAUUUUACGUCGUACACAACAUAGUUCAUUAUAGCUUUCAGGGCAACAAAACAACAACCAAUGAGACAUUCUGGCUGUUUUCAUUGAGAAGAAAGAAUAAAUAAUACUUCUGUCAGCCUGCCUCUUCCUCUGUGAUGUCACCAAGUUAAGACUGCCCGCACCAUCCUGUCUCCAAACCACAAACACCAUCCUGUGUGUGUGCUGUCAUUCGCUUACACACCCUGUCUUAUAUUCUCUGCAGAUAACAUAUUGCUUCUGUUCAAGGUAAACGAGGGCUUGUCGUCCCACCAGAUCCACACACGUUCAUGGGGAUUCCAGUGUUUAUAGUGGGGGCUAAAAGUAUUCCCCUCUUGCAUUUUACAAAGGCUUAGCUUCGUUAACCACAGUCAGCCCACCAGUGAUGGAGAGACUCAGACAAAUGACAUCCACUUCUGUCGUUUUAGAGAUAGUUCUCUCCAGUAGAAGUGAAAAUUAACUUCAAAGCAAAAUUAGUGGAAAGAGAGUAAAGGAGCGCUAUAAUUUUGAGAUUGACUACUGUUCAAAAGUUCAGGGUAGCUAAGAUUUUUUCAUGUAUUUGAAAGAAGUC